AUGAGUCUGGACGAGGACGCCCGAUGGCUGGAGUGGGUCACCAAACAGUUCGAGACCAUCGCCGGAGACGACAAAGAGAUCGACAUCGACGAGUUUAAGAAGGCUCUCAAGGUCAAAGAGUCUUUCUUCGCCGAGCGUUUCUUCGCUCUGUUCGACUCGGACGGCAGCAGCUCCAUCAGUCUGGACGAGCUGCUGGAGGCUCUGGAGCUCCUGAUCCACGGCAGCGAAACCGACAAGCUGCGGUUCCUGUUCCAGGUCUACGAUGUGGACGGCAGCGGCUCCAUCGAUCCAGACGAGCUGAGGACGGUCCUGAAGUCCUGCCUGAGAGAGAGCGCCAUCUCCCUGCCGGAGGAGAAGCUGGACGACCUGACGCUGGCGCUGUUCGAGUCAGCCGACAAAGACAACAGCGGCUCCAUCACCUUCGAGGAGCUCAAGGCCGAGCUGGAGAACUUCCCAGAGGUGAUGGAGAACCUCACCAUCAGCGCUGCCAACUGGCUGAAGCCUCCCGAAGUGGACCCGAAGAAGCGCCAGACCCCUCGGUACCUGACCCGGGUCUACUGGCAGAACAACAGCCGGAAGCUGCUGUUCCUGUGCGUCUACGCCCUCCUCAAUCUGCUGCUGUUCGUCGGCGCCAUGCUGCAGAACAGCCACGGCGGCGCCUGGUUCAUGGUGGCCAAAGGCUGCGGACAGUGUCUCAACUUCAACUGCACCUUCGUCAUGGUGCUGAUGCUGCGACGCUGUUUAACCUGGCUGAGGGCCACAUGGGUGGUGAGAGUCUUGCCUCUGGACCAGAACAUCCUGCUGCAUCAGAUCGUUGGCUACGCCAUCCUCGGCUUUACUCUGGUGCACACCACCGCCCACGUCUUCAACUUUGGUACAAACACAAACACAAAGACCAGUACGUUCAGCCUGUGGGAGUACCUGCUGACCACCCGUCCAGGGAUCGGCUGGGUCAAGGGGACGGCCUCUCUGACCGGAGUCGUGCUGCAGGUGGUGAUCUGCCUCAUGGUGCUCUGCUCCAGCACCUUCGUACGGCGCAGCGGACAUUUUGAGGUGUUUUACUGGUCUCACCUGUCCUUCAUCUGGGUCUGGUCCCUGCUCCUGGUCCACUGUGCCAACUUCUGGAAGUGGUUCCUGGUUCCCGGCCUGGUCUUCAUCCUGGAGAAGAUCGUGGGCAUCGCCGUGUCUCGUAUGGGAGGUCUGUACAUCGUGGAGGUCAACCUGCUGCCGUCCAAGGUGACUCAUCUGGUCAUCAAGCGUCCGCAGUUCUUCCACUUCAAACCGGGCGACUACGUCUACAUCAACAUCCCGGUGAUCGCCAAGUACGAGUGGCAUCCGUUCACCAUCAGCAGUGCUCCGGAGCAGUCAGAUGCUCUCUGGCUUCACAUCCGUUCGAUGGGUCAGUGGACCAACCGGCUGUACGAGUACUUCAGGCAGCCGGAGACUGAGGCGAUGAAUCCGAAGCGACUGGCGACGAGCCUGAGGAACCGCCGGCAGCUGCUGAAGGCUCAGAUGUCGGCCAAGCUGGGUGAGAACCACAGAUUCUGCAACAUCAAGUGUUAUGUAGACGGACCGUACGGGACUCCGACACGACAGAUCUUUGCCUCCGAACACGCCGUCCUGAUCGGGGCCGGCAUCGGGAUCACGCCUUUCGCCUCCAUCCUGCAAAGCAUCAUGUACAGGUACCGCAGGAGGAAGCAGAACUGUCCCAACUGUAACUACUCCUGGUGUGAAAACAUCAAGGACAGCGAGAUGAAGCUGCGCAAAGUCGACUUCAUCUGGAUCAACAGAGACCAGAAGUCAUUUGAGUGGUUUGUUAGUUUGCUGACCAAACUGGAGAUGGACCAGGCCGACGAGGAGCCCGAAGGUCGCUUCCUGGAGAUGCACAUGUACAUGACGUCAGCGCUCAGUAAGAACGACAUGAAGGCCAUCGGCCUGCAGAUGGCGCUCGACCUUCUGGCCAAGAAGGAGAAGAGAGACUCCAUCACCGGGCUCAGAACCAGAACCCAGCCAGGACGGCCCGAGUGGGGGAAGGUGUUUCAGAAGGUGUUUGAGGAGAACAAAGGGAAGGUCCACGUGUUCUACUGCGGUUCUCCGGCUCUGGCCAAAGUCAUCAAGGCCCAGUGUGAACACUUCGGCUUCAACUUCUACAAGGAGAACUUCUGAGGAGCUCCAUGCUGUCGACACGCAGCUUUGGUUUGAAACAUUUUACACCUAAACAAGCUCAAGCUAACUUAAACCAGCUAACAUUAUCCUCUGAGUGUUGCUCUGCGACACCGUCUGAAACUCAAACACGAAACAUCUCAGUGCACGAUUCUCACUCUGUUGUUGUUGUUUUUGUUGUUGUUGUUGUUGCGUCUGUGCUGCCUUCACUGCCUGCAGGACCAGAAAGGUACCGAAGCAUCGACUCUCCUUUGGGUUAAAGGUUAAAAGUGUCCACAUGAGUCAGAGUCAAUGUAAAGAUGAAUGUAUGAUGUAACAAUCAUCUGUUGUUGUUUCUGCCUCCGUAUGUGUCACAGCAUCAUGUUAGCUGCUGAAUCCAACACAGAGCCUUUAAAAAGUAUUUAUCUCCCUGGAAGUGUUUAUAGACUUUCAACAUUAAAUCCUGUUCUAUUUAUUUUGACUUUAAAAAAAACCAAAAACGUAUACCAAAUAUUUUAACUAACCAACAUUACUUUGCAGAAAUCUGUCGUCACUUUUGAGUCUUUUUUGUAAGCUCCUCCACAUGUAGAGAAUGAAUCAGGUGAUGACGUCUGUUGUUUUCUCCUCUUAUUAAAGGAUCAUUCAAAAGCU